UCAAUAUUUUUUGGGAAUACGCGUUACGAAUCAUGAUUCGAAGGCAUCGGAAAUGUUGACAAAGGCCCAAUAGUAUGCUCCGAAUGAAUCAAUCAGAUGCUACCUGGGAAUUCCACCAGAGAAAGGGGUGUCAAAUACCCUCAAGAGGACUUUGUGAAAGCGUCGAUAAAAGCAUCCCAAACUUUUGCCCAGACCCUUCAAGCGUCAACAGUACAGGUGUACUAUAGCGUAGAUGAUUGCAAUCGAAAGCUUGUAACAGAUAGAAUAUUCGCUUAUUCAUCAUCAGUUAAGGUACCGCCGCUAAGGUUGAGAUUCUUCAAUGACGUCAGUCGAAGACACUACUUGGUAACAUGA